UCUUCAGUUAAUCGGGGAUCGGGCACGGUGUGAAAUCAGCGGAGGGAAACAGACGCAGUUGCACGUACAGAGCGGAGUAAGACGGAGUUUUGUCUUAGAACUACACAAACACUGACUUUAUAUACAGUUAAACUGACACACACGAGGACACGUGAGUCUUUAAAGAUGUUGUUCAACACGAGCGACAAACUUUAGCGGCUUGUUUUUCGCUGUCGUGGGUGACGUGGGGCAGUCUGCUGGAGACGACAGACACAACAUGGAUGUCCGGGGAGCAACGGUGCGCCUGUAAGGGAGAGAGUUAAAGUCGUUUCUGGAGGAAUUUCUUCUGGUUCGCAGCAGAGGUGGAUUUUAAAGCAGUAACCACGUUAUCCGCUGUUCCUGUGAGGCGUCUGCGUGUCACUUCCAGAUGUUGAGGCUGUGGAGGAGAGACAUGCCGCUCUCAGAGAGGCUGGGAGAGGACUCUCCUCUGGCCGCAGCCCCCGGUCUCCCGCCUACGGUGGCCCCGACGGGGCCCAACAUUUCAUGGCUCCCCGAAGCCCCGCUGCUGAACACAGAGAAGCCCAUCUUCCUCAUGACUCCUGCAGCACAAGCGGUGUCUGGCUUCUUCGUGUGGACCGCACUCAUCCUCACCUGUCACCAGAUCUACAUGCAUCUCCGUUACUACAGCUCACCUCGGGAGCAGCGUCACAUUGUGAGGAUCCUCUUCAUCGUGCCCAUCUACGCCUUUGACUCCUGGCUCAGCCUCCUCUUCUUCACAAACGACCAGUACUACGUGUACUUUGACACCGUCAGGGACUGCUACGAGGCGUUUGUGAUUUACAACUUCCUCAGUCUGUGUUAUGAGUAUCUCGGAGGAGAGAGCGCCAUCAUGGCUGAGAUCAGAGGGAAACCCAUCGAGUCCAGCUGUUUGUACGGCACCUGCUGCCUGAGGGGGAAGGCCUACUCCAUCGGCUUCCUGCGGUUCUGCAAACAGGCCACGCUGCAGUUCUGCGUGGUCAAACCGCUCAUGGCCAUCAUCACCGUAGUGCUGCAGGCCUACGGCAAAUACAAGGACGGAGACUUCGAUGUUUCCAGCGGUUACUUGUACGUGACCAUCAUCUGCAACGUCUCAGUCAGCUUGUCCCUCUAUGCUCUGUUCCUCUUCUACUUUGCUGCGAGGGAGCUGCUCAGGCCAUACAGCCCCAUGCUCAAGUUCCUCAUGGUCAAGUCGGUCAUCUUUCUCUCCUUCUGGCAGGGCAUGUUGCUGGCCAUCCUGGAAAAGUGCGGCGCCAUCCCUCAGAUUAACGUGCUGGAGGUGUCCGUUGGAGAGGGAACCGUCGCCGCUGGUUACCAGAACUUCAUCAUCUGCAUCGAGAUGUUCUUUGCUGCGCUGGCUCUGCGACAUGCGUUCACGUACAGAGUCUACAUGGAAAAGAGUCUGGACUCACAAGGACCUGCUAACCCUGCGUACGGAGAGUUUGGCCGCCGCGCCCCCAUGAAGAGCAUCUCCAGCAGCCUGAAGGAGACCAUGAACCCUGGCGACAUGGUCCAGGACGCCAUCCACAACUUCUCGCCGGCCUACCAGCAGUACACGCAGCAGCCGAUGGAGCAGGGCGUGCCGCCGCCCGUCUCACGCUCCCUCAGUGUCGCCGGCGCCCGCGGCGACACAGAGAAGACCCUGCUGCUCAGCUCUGACGACGAAUUUUAACUUCUCCGAAAUCCAUGGACGGUACUUUAGUCCUCCUGUGCAGCUGGUUCUCAAAAAUACGUGACGCACUAUAUAGAGAGUUGUGAGUUUGUUUGUUUUGUUUCUUGUUUUUGAGACCAUUUUUUUUUAUGAAUGCGAGGACCUGGUUGUGUACAUA